UUUUUUAACAUGUCAAAUGACAUGAAAUGUUCAAUGUGUAUGUUAGUAAUCGCAGUUAGUGACCACCCAACUAGCUUUUAUGCACAUGUCAAGCUGUAUCACAAAACUGCUAGAAAUUUUCAUAUUAUUUGCAAACAUCCUGGUUGCCAAAAUCACUAUCAUAAUUUUAUUUCAUUUAAACGUCAUUGGAAUAAAAAACAUGGCAGUACCGUAACACAAAUCACCCCUAAUAUUGUAAAUGAAGUGAACAACAUGGAGCCAGCAGUAAGUCCUGCAUCAGAUCAUGAAUCCCAACUUGACGGUGUUCAGAUUUUCAUCAAUAACAACAUUUACCACCCUUCUACGUCACCAGAAAAUGAUUUGGAGUGGGAGACUGGAAUCUUAUUAAGACUUCGACACCAGUUUUUCCUUCCAUAUGAAGCACUUAUUUUAGUUUCUGAUGCUAUCCAUGACAACUAUAAUAGGAGUGUGUUGACUAUUCAGGAAAAGCUCAGUACCCUUGUGUCAACUGAAGUUUUUGGCAGCACAGCUUUUAAAGCUGCCUUUGACAAAAUUCACCACCAAGAACAGCUAACUCGCUAUCGGUUGGAGACAACGUGGGACAAAUUCUUUCCCACGGUGAUGCCCAAGGAAGUAAUUUUGAAUCGAGCUGAGCCGUCAUACAACUGGAUUAAUGAUCCACAACUUGGAAAAAUAAUGGAUGAAGUGUUCGAAAUUGGGUAUGUGUCUUGCCAUUGUGCUGGCUGAAUUCGUUUCGAGUACCGAUCCCAAAUAUGGCAAUUUCCUUCUUCUACUCGAAAUAAUUAGUUCACUUCAGUGUUAUUCAUUUACUGAAAAUGAACUAAUUAUUUUAGAAAAAAAUAUUAAGCUUCACAAUCGAAAUCAUUUGCUUUUAUAUCCAAAGGUCGCUGGUUCAGCUGGCAAAGCCAUCACCCCUAAACUACAUACCCUACUCCAUUUCCCUAGUCAAAUUCGAUUGUUUGUGCCCCCUCGUUACUCUUGGUGCUUUCGUUACGAAUCGAAAAAUGCUAGAUUUAAGAAAAUCAUGAGACGCAAUUGUAACUUUCGUAAUGUUCCUUGGUCAUUUUGUGCCCACCAUCAGAAACUUGUCGGAUUAGACGUAAGAGAAAACGGAGAAGGCGAUUUCUUUGGAAAGAUGGAAAGGUUCACUAUUCAUGGCCACCAUUCCCCAAUUCAUGUAAAAUAUGCAUGGUGGGUGAAGUACGCAUACGAAACGUCUUGUCUGCGUGAAGAUUCAAACUUUCAGCCCUUGAAAACACUGACUAUUGCAGGUAGACUGUGCAGUAUCGGAACCGUAUUUUUGCGUUCUUUGCCCACUUGGAAUACACUAGCGGUUUUUUAUCGUAUUGCUGAAACAAUAAUAGCAGAACAAACUUUUUUAAUAAUGGAAGAAUUAAAUACGGUUAGUUUCUGUCUAGAUCGAUUUUCUUUUAUUGUAAAUCCGAAAAAUAAUUUCAUAGGUAUCCCACGUAAUAGCCUCGUUUUUUAUGCUCCGCUGUAUUCGUUUUAUUAUGACAAUUAAUUGCAUGUUGUACUGAAUUACUAUCACCUUUGGUAAACGGUUCCGCUUAAGCAAACCAAGAAAAAGAGUCUGCUCCAAAGAAAGGAGCCAAAUGCAGAAAUACAAAUACGUCGAAGAUUUUCUAAUCAUUGAUUUCAUCAUCUUCCUAA